CAUAUACGGCAUGGACUUCAUCUCGGCUCCGGACUAGCACACAUUUUUCAUCGAAUAGUCGCACACGUUUUAUACUUUGGACUUCGUCUUCAUCUUAGUAGCAAGGGCAGAGCACACUCAAACACACACACACACACACAAGUAACACACACCCAAAAACGAAAUUUUGUUCAAAUCACAACGUGAAUCAAAGAUUGCCCAAAGAGGCAGUUCGACUACUUUAUCGUUAGUUUCUUUUCGGACAACUGGACGUCUAUGUCACAUUCAAGAACAUGAAUCGCACACGCUUCAAUCAUCUGCGUGCCGAUCGCGAACUCGAGGGAUUGCAGCAGGUGCCACAGAUGCCACAGAUGCCACAGCAAACGCCAUUGUCUCCGGUGCGAAAGACAACUUACACACGGGCGGAGCUGUUGCAACGUGGACCAGGAGCAGCUGCCACUCGUUCGAAGCGUUUAUCAACACUGAAUCCGGGAAAUCGUCAGACUUCGGCGUCCGAUGCUGCUGCCAAUCGACGCACAAGCAACAUGACGCGUGCUCACUUCUUGCCACGUGUGGCACAAAUGGGCACCAAUAAUCUGAGCAACAAUAAUGGAUUGCUCAACACUGGCAAGCUGGCACGAGAUGCGAGAAAACCGCCCAAGUCGAGCUCCUAUUUGCCGAGCACUUUUGGCGCCAAGUUGCCACAGCAACAGCAACAUCAACAGCAACAGUUGCUGAGCGGUUGCAGCGCCAGCAGCAGCCUAAGCAACAGCAGCAACGAUCUGCGUAAAAUCAAACUGGCCAAAGCCUUUCGACUGCCGGAUGAGCAGAACAAAAGCUUCGUUUAUCUGUGCAAGCCGGUGAAGAAGGUGAAGGAGUUGCUGAUGGUGCGGACGCUGCACAACAGCGUCGACAAUCUGUUGCACGAAUCGGCAACCGAUGAGCUAAGCAACGAAUGCUUCAACACGAUGCAGUUGGAGUUGCCAACUCUGUUGGCGACGACGACGGCGACGGCGGCUGCGGAAAGCGACACUUGCAGCUACUGCAGCAGCCUCAAUUUGCCACACGAAUUGGCGGAGCUGAGCAGCGCGGCGUCGAGCAGCUAUCGAGGAUUGCUGGAGACGCAGCUGCAGGAUGUGCGUACCCGGGAGCAACAGUUGCAACAGUUGGCGGAGCAAGUGCAGCGAGAGCAGCUAUCGGCAAGAGGGGAAAAGAGCAGGGAGGAAAAGGAGCAACAGCAGCUGACACAGCAGCAAUCAAUGAAUGAACAGCAGCAACAUCAACAGGGGGAGCAGCAAUCACAGCAGCAAUCGCAGAAAGGACAGCAGCAACAUCAAAAAGGAGAGCAGCAAUCAGAGCAGCAGCAAUCACUAAAAGAACAGCAGCAACAUCAUAAAGGGGAGCAGCAAUCAGAGCAGCAGCAAUCACUAAAAGGACAGCAGCAUUCACUGAAAGGACAGCAGCAGCCAUUAUUUCAGUCGUCAACACCGCAGCAACAUCUGUCACCACAGCAGCCAGAAUCUCUUAAGGAGCCAAGCGCAAAGAUCGAUUAUGUUUGCCACAACAUACCGACGCUGCAGCGCGAGAUCAUUUUGCUGCAGCAGCUGGGCGAGAAACUGGAGGCGACGCUGCGUGCGAACAUGCAACAUGCAGCCAGUGUCACUGCCACUGCCACUGCCACUGCCACUGCCACAUCGUUGCAGCCACACAGCAUGCCACAAAGUCCGCACGAUUCGCGAACUUCGUUCUAUACGCCACGCUCGACACUGACGCUCUUCGGCUGCGAUGCUGCAAGGUUGCACAUUCAAGAGCUUGGCUGGCGGCGUGUGCAACAGCAACCGUCACACGUGUGGCAGCUGGCCCGUGUGCUCGGUUGUCGCUGUGCGUACGGUUGCAUACGUGAGUUUCGCAUCGAGACCAAGACGCUGACACAGUUGAAGACGGCAGAUGAGACGGAAUGCUUCUAUUUGCCACUGGCACGCGAUGGCAGCUUGCAACGCACCUCGUUUCGGAAGCUGCGCGAGAAUCCGAAUGUGUUGCUGCAACAGUUGCGUCCGCUGACGCCGUCGCGUCCAUUCAAUCUGCUCGAACAGGAUGCGAUGUUCUUCAACAGCAUGAUGUCGCAUGCAUGCGUUGCCAGCAAGUUGCCACGCGAAACGGGCGGCGAGCAAGUGCAACUCGCGUUGCGCCACCCGCCGGACGAUGUGGCACGUUUGCUGCUGGUGGCCACCGUCAAUGCCACCGUCCAAUGUGAGUUCCCCUCGCCCCUGCCGCCGCCGCCGCCAGCCGAGGCAACCAGCAAUCCAGCCACCAAAUCCAAGUCAUUGGCUAGUCUCAAGUCUCGUCCAUCGUUGUCUCGCUGGAAAUGUCGUUUGGCUGUCAUGAGGCAGCCACCUCAUUUGGUGGCACGUGUGCGUCAGGAGACGCCUCUGCGGCCGCAGCGUGUCGAGUUGGAGCCCCGGGUGCAGACACAACUCCUCAAGACGGUGCUCGUCGGCAUCGCUCAGGUUGCCGUCUUUCUGGUGCUCAUCAUGGCCUUCAGCUAUCCGGAUAUUCGCUGCUAAUCUUUGGGGUUUGCUUUUUCAAUUUGUUUAACGUUUUUUUUUUUUUUUGUUCUAUUCUUGUUUAAAGGGUUUUCCUUUUUCCUUUUCUUUGGCAAGCGUUGAACCAACCUCCCCCCAAAAAAAAGAGAGUAGAAUAAAAGAGAAUUCGCCCUCGUUGCUUGGUCAAUAAGUUCAACGCUCAAACAUCGCAUCGGAAUGUUAAUAAA